AAGCGGGCAGAAGUGUAAGCCGGUGUUCGUAGUGGAGGUUGUCUGGAUUCUUUACUCACGAGCCUUACAUUUAUUUAUAAUUUAUUAUUUAUUACCAGUCUUUAAUUUAUUAUCACCUGUCUGGGAUUUAUCAACGAAGCUUUUUUUGAGUCUGCUGGAUUACUACUAAUUCGCUCCACUUCACUUGGAUAUUUUUGGUUCGUUUCUAACGAAGCGGGAUCUGCCAAGUGCUGUCGCCGGGAAUACGAAAUGCUCCUCUCGAAACUGAACUCGCUGGCGCACCUAUCCACUGUGGACGUGCCUUCCAAAAUGCAUCAAGUCAAAGAGCGGGAGCCCUUCGAAAAGACGUACCAAGUGGGCUCAGUGUUGGGUAGCGGUGGAUUCGGCACUGUGUACGCCGGAGUGCGGGUGUCAGACAGCACGCCGGUGGCGAUCAAGCACGUCGCAAGGGAGAGGGUAUCCGACUGGGCUGAGCUGCCCGGCGGAUCUCGAGUUCCGAUGGAAGUGCUGUUGCUCAAGAAAGUGGGCACAGGAUUUCGCGGAGUCAUCCGAAUGCUGGACUGGUAUGAACGGCCCGAUAGUUUCAUUAUCGUCAUGGAGCGGCCAGAGACGGUGCAGGACCUUUUCGAUUUUAUCACCGAGAAAGGCGCUUUGCCCGAGGAUCUGGCCCGUGGCUUGUUUCGCCAAGUCCUGGAAGCCGUGCGUCACUGUCACAGCCACGGCGUGUUACACCGAGACAUCAAGGACGAGAACAUCUUGCUGGACCUGCGUUCGGGAGAACUGAAACUCAUCGACUUUGGCUCGGGCGCGCUUCUCAAGGACACCGUGUACACAGACUUUGACGGUACCCGAGUUUACAGCCCGCCUGAAUGGAUCCGUUACCACCGGUACCACGGACGCUCGGCAACAGUGUGGUCCCUUGGAGUUCUGUUGUACGAUAUGGUGUGUGGUGACAUUCCUUUUGAGCAGGAUGAGGAGAUCCUCCGGGGUCAGGUGUUCUUCAGACGACGCAUCUCAACAGAGUGUCAGCACCUCAUCAAGCUGUGCCUGUCCCAUCGGCCCUCAGAUAGGCCUUCCUUUGAGGACAUUAUAAAUCACCCAUGGAUGCAAGAAGCAGUUGGCCCACAGGACAGCACAGAAAUCUGGUUGCACAGCCUUAGCCAGGAGACACAGACAAUUGGCACAGACAGUUAAGACUUCUUUAGCAUAGGAGAAUACAAAUGCCAGAUCAGUGCAACAAGGAAGUCUGUUGUUGGGAGGAAAUGGAGACGGACCGAUGACCUGACGUGAACCAGUUCUGCAAAGGCGUUCUGCUUCCUCUUCACUGUGCUGUCACCAUGACAGAGCUGUUACCUCUAUGCACCACAGGACUUUAUUAUUAUUUUAUUUUUGCCUGUUAGGUCGAGCUGCGGGAGGAUGGCAUGUUCAGUAAAAAUUGCCAAACCCAUCCGUCUGACUCGGCCAUUUUCAUCAGUGCCUUUUUGGUUAGCCAGGCCAGUAGACAGUGACGGCUGUCUUAACUACCUAAGGCAAAACGAGUGCCUCUGCGUCCCAGUGGGUUGUGGCCAACACGAGUGACCUCACCGAGCAAGCUGCACCUGCCUUGACCGAGCCGCCUCGGGCCCCCUGAAAGCCAGGGUGUGUUGGGACUCAGUUGUGGAUGCACAAACAAUGCAAAGACAGGGACUGUCUGUCUGUGUGUGCGUGUGUGUGUGUAUAUGUGUGUGUGUGUGUAAAUAUGUGGACUUGCGCUGUGCUCUGCGGCCUGCUCAGAAGAUAUUUAUUUGUGUGAUGCUAAAAGCUGCUGGCUUUGAGAUUUUUAUUUAUUUAUUUAUUUCUGGGGAAUUCUCCCCCUGCACAGCCAUUCAUUCCACAGUAAUAUUGAAAUUGCAGGUCUGCAGAUUUCUCUAGCAUAUUUAUACCCCAAAUUGUAAAUACUUUUUUUUUUUUGUAAUUUCAAGGCUUUUUUUGUAAAUUUGUUUUUUCUGGGAUGCCUGCGUCUCUCAUUUGAUGCCAGGCAUGCUUAAGUAGAGGAGGAUGCCUGCAGUCAUCUGAACUCUCUUGUAUAUAGAAUCUGUACUGUACACUGGUUGAGUUGCAUGGAUGCAGCUUGAAAUUUUGUCUUACGUUAGAAUUGUAAAUUAUUAUAGAAUAAAUUAUUUUUUAUACAAUUUCAAUAAAUUUCAAAAUGUACCACAAUUUCA